CUCACUUCCGGCUCGGCCAUUGUUUUCUGCCGUCCGCGGUGGUGAUCGUCGCCCAGACAUCGCCGCCGCGGUGCCCCAGUGAGAGGACCGGUGGCGGGGGGAGAGGCGCUGUCGGGGCCGAGGUCGUAAGGCUGGAGCCACAGCCGCGCACGGCCGAUCCCACGCUUCGCCCCUCCGGCCAGCGGGCGCGGUCCCUGUGAUGCUCCGAAGCCGCCCGGUGCAGAGACUUCUCUUUGUCCCAUUCCCCUGACCAGCCGUGCCUGGCACGGAGCCGGACACCUGCGGGUACAGCGAUGCACAGGGCGGACGUGGCCAGGUGACACUCCCAUCUGCCCACACCCCCAACUCUGAAAAACAGCUCCUGAGACCUGAAUUACAGACUAUCAUUGGACAAACUGCUUUUAAUCAAACAAACUGCUUCAGGAACAAGCUCUUUGGGGUCACAAUGGCCACCCAAGGCAGGGGAACUUUAGGCCUCAUCCCCAGGGCUGCUGUUCUCCAGAAGCAGGAGGAGUGCCUGACUGUGAAGCAGGAGCCAGGGAGCCAGACCUGGGGGCAGGGCUGCAGUCUCCAAAAGAACCACCCUCCUGUCUGUGAAAUUUUCCGGCUGCACUUCAGGCAGUUAUGUUACCAUGAGAUGUCUGGGCCACAAGAGGCACUGAGCAGGCUCCGGGAGCUCUGUCACUGGUGGCUGAUGCCUGAGGUGCACACCAAGGAGCAGAUCCUGGAGCUGCUGGUGCUGGAGCAGUUCCUGAGCAUCCUGCCUGCGGAGCUCCGGACCUGGGUGCAGCUGCAUCACCCUGAGAGUGGCGAGGAGGCCGUGGCUGUGGUAGAGGAUUUCCAGAGACACCUCGGUGGACCAGGAGAGGUUUCAGCUCCAGCACAGGAACAGGAAAUGCAUUUGGAGGAGAUGACAACCCUCGGUGCAACAAAGGAAUCUCCUCCUACCUCACCCCUCAGUGAGGGUUCAGCCCCUGGAGUCCACCUUGAGCCUCCUCAUGUCCCAGGGGCACACCACCUCCCCAAUGGGCACUCUGCUCAUGGUGCUUCCCGGGUGUCUGCCCUUCCCCAAGCAAGGCACUUAGGAGACCAAGCAGUGGCACCUGUGCUUCGGAUGGUCAGGCCCCAGGGGUCUGCAGCAUAUGGGUUCCCGUCUGUGGACUGUACUGAGAAGAAGGGCAGAGGUCUAGCACGGAGUCGGAGAGGCCUGAACCGGAACAUCAGGCCGGAAACGUACCGCAACAUGGCCUCGUUGGCAGGGGAGUCUGGGGUGGAGAGUUCAGAGUUGCCUCCAAAGCAGGAAAUUUCUAAAGGAUCAGAGUCAUCUUCUGGUGGGACAUCAGGAGGCCUCUAUGGGGUGGUUCCUGGGGGACCAGAGGCUGCAGAUGUCUGUAAAGAUGCUUUAGAGAAGCUAGAAGUGCAACACUCAGAUGAGGAAGGGAGCCGACUGGAAAGCGGUUUCUUGGAAAGAACAUGUGAGGAUAAAAACAAAUCCACCAAAGAUGGAUGUGAUGAAUAUAAGGAACUUGGGGAAUGUCCAGAUCUGCCCUCCAGUUCUGCAGAACGUCAAGGAGUUCUGAAGGCACAGAAAUUCUAUCAAUGUGAUGAAUGUGGCAGAACUUUUAAUCGGAGUUCGCACCUGAUUGGCCAUCAGAGAAUCCACACUGGAGAGAAACCCUAUGAGUGUAGUGAGUGUGGUAAGACCUUCAGGCAGACCUCUCAGCUCAUAGUUCAUCUCAGAAUCCACACAGGGGAAAAGCCCUUUGAAUGCAGCAAGUGUGGGAAGACCUAUCGGCACAGCUCCCACCUCAUUCAACACCAGCGACUCCACAAUGGGGAGAAACCGUAUAAAUGUAACAGAUGUGGAAAAGCCUUUACUCAGAGUUCCCAACUCAUUGAUCACCAGAGAACCCAUACAGGGGAGAAACCGUAUGAGUGCAAUGAGUGUGGGGAGACCUUCAUUAGGAAUAAAAGUCUCGUCCGACAUCAGGUACUUCACACUGGUAAGAAACCCUACAAGUGUAGCGAGUGUGAGAAAGCUUUUUGUUCUAAUAGAAAUCUUAUGGACCAUCAGAGAAUCCAUACUGGGGAGAAGCCUUAUGAGUGUAUUGAAUGUGGCAGGGCCUUCAGUCGGAGUAAAUGUCUUAUUCGACAUCAAAGCCUCCAUACUGGGGAGAAACCUUACAAAUGUAAGGAGUGUGGGAAAGCCUUUAGUCAGAACUCUCAGCUUGUUGAUCAUGAGCGAAUUCAUACUGGAGAAAAACCUUUUGAAUGUAGUGAGUGUGGUAAGGCAUUCAGCCUGAGUAAAUGUCUCAUUCGACAUCAGAGACUUCACACAGGUGAAAAGCCCUAUAAAUGUAAUGAGUGUGGGAAAUCCUUCAAUCAAAACUCACACCUCAUUAUACACCAGAGAAUUCACACUGGCGAGAAACCUUACGAAUGUAAUGAGUGUGGGAAGGUCUUCAGUUACAGCUCCAGUCUCAUGGUACAUCAGAGAACUCACACUGGGGAGAAGCCCUAUAAAUGUAAUGACUGUGGGAAAGCCUUUAGUGACAGCUCACAGCUCAUCGUACACCAAAGAGUUCAUACUGGUGAGAAACCCUAUGAAUGUAUUGAGUGUGGGAAAGCCUUCAGUCAGCGUUCCACUUUUAAUCACCACCAGCGAACUCACACUGGAGAGAAACAGUACAUGUGUACUGAGUGUGGGAAAGCCUUUAGUCAGAGUGCAACCUUACGGUACAUGAGCGAAUCCACACAGGAGAGAAAACCUUAUAAGUGUAAGGAGUGUGGGAAAGCCUUCAGUCAUAGCUCCAACCUUGUUGUCCAUCGGCGAAUCCACACUGGACUGAAGCCCUACACAUGCAGUGAAUGUGGGAAAUCUUUCACUUUUAGGCGGAGUUCAAGGUCUUAUUCACAUCACCGAGUUCACAACUGGGGAGAAGCCCUACACUGUAUCGAGUGUGGGAAAGCCUUUAGCCGUAGUUCAAACCUUACUCAACCAUCAAGAGAAUGCAACAAAGUAAAAAAAAGUUUCAAAUGUAAGGAGUGUGGGAAAACAUGUGUUUCUAACAAGAUAAUGGACCAUCAGAGAAUUCACCCAGAGAAGCCUUAUGAAUGUGAUGAGUGUGGGAAGGCUUUCAUCUUAGGAAGACCCUUAAAACAUCAGAGACUUCAUCGUAGAGAGAAGCCUUACAAAUGUAACGAGUGUGGGAAAGCUUUUACUUCUAAUCGAAACCUUAUUGAUCAUCAGAGAGUUCACACUGGAGAGAAACCCUAUGAAUGUAACGAGUGUGGGAAAACCUUCAGGCAGACCUCUCAAGUUAUUCUCCAUUUGAGAACCCACACUAAGGAGAAACCCUAUAAGUGCAGUGAGUGUGGGAAAGCUUAUCGUUAUAGUCACAGCUUAUUCAACACCAGAGAAAACACAAAUGAGAGAAAGAAACCUCGUAAAUAACAUCUAUUAAUUGGUGGUG